AUGCAGGGCUUCUUCCUAAAGCUGUUGGACAUAGGCACUGACGUGUGUGGAGUGGAGGGGCCAGCAGUGGGUGGGCGGGCAUCUGAAGCAGCACGUGUGUGGCAAGCUGGAUCAAGCUGGAUCCCACAGCACACUUUCUGCCACUUCAAAGCAGCACGCGCUAGUGUUGAGAAGGUGCCAUCAGGUGGUUCACGCAGUGUGCGCUGCUGUAGCAGCUGGGCCUUACAUGUGCUCUGA